ACGUCAUAAAGCAGCAAGCUAGCUGGAAACACUUAGCUUAACCUGGAAAUAUUUCCGUUACUUUGAUUUUGUCGGGAGGAAAUACGACAAUCACGGUUACUGCAGGUAGUCAGACUAAAACUCUUUCCACUGCAAAAAAACGUCUUCAAACCUCUGGUCUGAAACACCGCGGUUACUACGACGCACAACACAACAACGUGACGCUCCAGGAAAUAGACUGUACCAAAGGUGAGCCCUUCUCGGCUGCGGAGGUCAGCUGUAGCCCCACACUGGCUAAACAAACAAAACUGGAUUUUACUAGUGAAUAGCUGCAGCUACAAAGAAGAAAUUAAGCUUGUGGCUGGAUGAAAAGUUGCUCCAUAAGCGUCUCUCCAUCGUUCGGGCAGAGCCUCGGGAAAAUACUGGUCACAAGCAACUGAAGACACCGACUGCCGCGAUAUUUUCCAGCUCUGGAGCCUCAACCGCACAGCUCGAUCGAUUCGCAUUGAUUGUCCCUGACGAGCUGCUCCACUUUCUAGCCAAUGUCAGCCAGUCUGCGAUCGGGAAGGAGAGAAAUGAAGGAAAAUCUCUGCCGCCCUGGCGGUGUCAUUUCCACACACUUGGGUUGGCCGCCUGCCAGCAGACAGGACAGUCGAAAGAGGUGGAGUGGACUCUGGGGCUGAGCGCGAGGAGGAGCGCGCAGGGGAUGAGGCUUCAUUUCUGUCAGCUUCGCAUGGUGGAUAAACUCUGUUGUCCAAAUAAAUUGAUGGGGAGUGUUUACCCUCCACCACCCUGCGUGCGUCCUGACAAAGAGGUCACUCCUUUACGCGAGAAAACAGUGUUGAAAUCAUGCAAGAAAAAUGUCACAAAAAUGUGGUAAUGCAAAUAUUAACAGUGAAAAAUAAUCUUUAUUUAAGCCUAUUAUAUUUUGUAUCCUCUUAUAAUUAAAAAAACAUCACCCCUUAUUUGGGCACUUGAAUGUUGCUCAAAUGAUCCAAUUACUUUCUUUUUAUUGAUAAAUAAGUGAUGCAUUUUAUUAUUUGGGAUAAAGGGUGAUUUUAAAAAAACAGCAUUCAGGAAGUGUGUAGUUAUCAGCAGUCAGUUUAAUUCUGAAUCAUCACCUCUACCCUCAGCUGUCCUGAAAUCACACUAACCCUCGCGGCCUCUCUCGGGUUUAUUAUUGCCUGAGCCCGGAGCGCGCGCACCGCGCAAAAGUCCACUUCGGUUUUUCCGCGAAGCUCCAAAAAUCUAUGAAAUGUGUUUGCAUGUUCCUCUCUGCAAGCGGGGAUGUAGAGGUGGGAUUGCAAGGACCGAGAAAGCUGGGGGAACCCACGCGUUCAGCCUCAGAGAAAGUACGCUUUUCCCAAAUAACUGACGGUGAAUAUUUUUUUUCUUUUCACAUUUGUCAUUAACAGACAGCCACUCUGUAGGAUUGUGUUCUCGGAGAAUAAGCUUUUUUUUCUGCCCUUUUCUUUUUUUUUGUCACCAUUCUGCACGGCAGGCUGAGAGACGGACCGCUCGGACUGUGGGAGCCCUCCCCUCUGCUCGGAUCUGCUUUGUUUCCAGAUGGCCCAUGGAAGAACGUGGAUGAGGGCUGAGCUGUAGUGCGGGCAGAAGGCUCCGGGGCCCGCCUGUUGUCGGCUGGCUGAUUGGUCCAUCGAGGUGAGGCACUUCUCUCACCGGGGCACAGAACGGACCAAGACAAGGUCUUUGCUCCCCCUCCUCGCUCACCCCUGCCCCCUUUCCACCCUCACCCCCAACCCAGGCACGUACGCUCUGGACCAUGUCUAGCGGGCUGUCGGAGGGGGGCCGGACAGAGGACCAGGAGCGGAGUAGCUGCAAACAGGACUCUCCUGUUAUAGAGCGCAGAAACCGCAGUGGCAUCAUCAGUGAGCCCCUCAGUAAGAGCCUUAAGAAGUCCCGUACCCUCUCCCAGUACACAGCAGUCCCCUCCGUCACCACCAAUGGACACACGGACAAUAGUGAGACUAAAAGCCACUCGGCCAAGCCUCAGCCGCCCCCGCAGCCCCAGCCCACUGUCUCCGCACUGACAGCAGCCAAGUUGGACCGGACCCUAGAACAGGUUCUGGAGGGACAGAAUGGCCUGCUGCACUUUGCCCAGGCAGCAGCACUGUUAAAGCGGGCCGGUAUGGAGCACAUGCUUCUGCCUGGGGGCAUGGGAGUGGGAGUUGGCGGAGGAGACGCAGGCUCGGGGGCUAGCGACUUGGAGGGUACGUCUGUCACGGACGCCGUAGGUGGUCCUGUUGACUUCCCAUAUGGAGUAGGGGGUGGUUUCCCCUUCAACCCGGGGCUUUUCAUCAUGACGCCGGCUGGAGUGUUUCUGGCGGACAGCGCGCUACACAUGGCCGGCCUGGCUGAGUACCCGGCGCAGAGCGAGCUGGCCUCUGCGAUCAACUCCGGUAAAAAGAAGCGAAAACGUUGCGGCAUGUGCCCACCUUGCCGACGGCGGAUUAACUGCGAGCAAUGCAGCAGCUGCCGAAAUCGCAAAACAGGCCACCAGAUCUGCAAGUUUCGCAAAUGUGAGGAACUGAAGAAGAAGCCCUCUGCUGCUCUGGAGAAGGUGAUGCUUCCUACAGGAGCGGCGUUCCGGUGGUUCCAGUAGGACUCCUCCUCCACUCCCUACCCAAAGCUCUGCCAUCAAGUGCAAUGCCAACUCCUGGAUUGUCUCCGGAACAGACACUGGCUAAUAAACAAACAAGCAACAAAUAAAAUUAUAGAAAAAAAGCAACAAAAAAAAACAAAGCAGAAAAAAAAAAAAUCAAUCGGGUAAUGGAUGCACCUACUUAUUCCUUGAACCAAAAAUGAAGCGUAAAGAAAAGCAUCUAUGGCAACUUUCAUUCCCUUUUCUAUGUUUCCAUUUUGGUACCUUUUGUCCUUUUUCCAGCAGGUUUUUUUCUGUCGCUUAAACAUGGAACUGUUCAUUGCCAGAAACAGAAAUGACGGACUGAGUGUGGACAAUCAACUAAUUUCUGUGUUUGGUGUUAAUGUUGUUCAUGUGUGGAAAGAUACAGUACUUGUGUAGAGAAUGUAAAUUUACAGCUAUAUUUCAAAACUAGUGGCUAAUGGCAAACAUUAUUGUAAUUCUUCACCAUUUCGUUACUUAAACCCUUUGUCUGUUUUACGAUUCUUUUCGUUGAAGGGUCUAGUUUUCAGACAGAUUGCCGGUUGUCUUUGAAAGACAAAGAAAAUGUAUCAAAUUGUGACGCUGUCGAUUUUGGAUUUAAACUAAACUGAAAAAGUCAUGUUACUGGGCGGAUAUCCAGAGACUCUUCACUGGGUUGAAGAUGCUGUUCGCCAGAGCUGUCACUACUGUAAUCUCCUCAAUCAGCCCUCCUCUGCAUUUCCAAACUUUUCCUUUCGUGAAACUGGCAGCCUUAUGUUACUGUGGCCCUACCGAGCACGUGCCAAUACUGCUCAGGGCAAUAGCACUAAGAGACAGCACUUGCUCUGAGUCUACCCUACUGAACGCACUGAGACAAGAUUACAUUUUUUUUUUUUUAAUUUGUUUGUUUAUUUGUUAUAUUUUCAUGAUUUUGUUAUGUUGCUGGGUAGCUACAGCUUUUAAAAAUAACCAAUCUUUGUAUUCGUUUAGAAAAUUGGACUGGUUUUGUGAAUAAAAAGGAAUGCAUGUAUUCGUGUCAAAAUUGACAA